CUGAGACGGCAGAAGCCAGCACAACGCAGGGGCUUUGUAACAUCUUAAUCUUAUCACUAUUACAUCUCUUUGACUUUGGCACAGUUUUUCUGCGUCUUCUUGUCCCACGGUAGGCGCGUGUCAGCUGAUUAACCGCCUGUUCCGCGCGUCCCAUCUCGGCAGACCCUGGAGCGCUGCGAAAGAGACCCAGACCCAUCCGUUCCCUCGUCCUGCCCAGAACCCUCUGGCCUUUCCGGAGUCCUUCUACUGGUAUGUUUUUGUGUUUUCCCCCUGUCCUUAACUUCAUCCCCUCCUUGGGUCGGGUGGUCAUCCAUCAUUCCCUCUCCCUUUCUUCUCCCUGGCAUUGCCUCCGUUGAUGGUGAGCUUGCCUCAUCUGCCUCGCGUCCGUCACGAUACACCACCAGUCAUGCCUUCUAUUAUACUGUCACGCCGUCCUUCGUUCUGUGUUGCAUCGCGUCUAUUGUCGCGACGGAAUCUUGCUACCUUCCAUUACUAUUAUUAUCUAUUAAGCUAACCUGUGUUAUGCGUUUUGCUGCCGCAGGUUCUGUCAACGAUGUUACCGUAGCCAUCUCCUCUCUUUGAUUUGCGCUGUCCUCAUCCGUCCAGUCAUUGACUCCCAGCGCGGCUCACUUGUGCGAGUAGCACUUUCAGAAUACAAUUGACCUUGACUAUGCCAUCUCCCCAACUGUCGACAGAUAGUUCGCUGCGUCCGGAGCAGCCCUUGCUCGAUCCGCGGCCGGACAGUGCUCAGCACGACUCCCGUGUAUCAGACGCUACUGCGGAUCAAAAUGGAGAGAUCUCCAGUACGGAACGCGUGUCGAAUGGUUUGGUUCCCGAUGCGAUCAAGGAAGGGAAGCAGAACGCAAAAGCUGUUCUAGAAGCAUCAGGCGUGUCCACUACGGGGGCCGAGUUCAGCAGCGAUAACCAUCCUAAUGGAGACUUCUCUUCCGAUCCACAGUCGAGCGCCAAUGGUUCCUCCUCGAGUAGGAAACGUUCUCACGACGGCUCAGUUAUCCAGUCUUCUUCUAAAGACGAUCUGCCCAUGCGCGUUCGCCAAACCCCAGUAAACAAGAUUCAGCUGGAGGAGUAUGUAAACCGCGAGUUUCAGUAUUCAGCGCUGGCAGCAUGGCACAAUUACAGUCAAGGGCUGGCUCGGCAGAAGCGUGCCGAAAGGGACUAUUAUCUUGCCUUGCGGCGGGAGAACCAGAUGAAUCCGGCUGCCCUGUACGGUGUCGGUUAUGAGGGAUUUGGCAAUGCCCGAACAGACCUGAGAAACCAGCAUCCGCAACUACUAUAUCCGUCCAACCGACGUCGUCCAGGAGGCAGAAAGACCAGGGAGCUGCGAAUAUCACGCCGAGAGCUGAAGGCUCAGAACGAGCAGAUAGAAGACCUCGUUCCGAUCCGGCUGGACAUCGACUGGGAGAAAGUGAAGAUCCGAGACACGUUCACUUGGAAUCUUCAUGACCGGGUAGUAUCUCCAGACCUAUUUGCCGAGAAACUCGUGGAGGAUAUGGGCCUUCCUCUUGAGUCUUGUGGUCCGCUCGUUCGGAUGAUCUCCCAGAGCAUCCAGGAGCAGAUUGCGGACUACUACCCCCAGGUUUAUGUGGAGGAAGCUCCUCUCGACCCCCAUCUCCCGUAUAGCGCCUACAAGAAUGAUGAAAUGCGUAUUCUGGUCAAAUUAAACAUCACCAUUGGUCAACACACGCUUGUCGACCAGUUCGAGUGGGAUAUCAAUGAUCCGCUCAACUCCCCUGAGGAAUUUGCCUUAAGGAUGACGAAUGACCUCUCCCUCUCAGGUGAAUUCACAACAGCCAUCGCUCAUUCCAUCCGUGAACAAGCGCAGCUUUUCACCCGAUCUCUCUACAUCGUUGCCCAUCCAUUCGACGGCCGUUCGAUUGAAGACCCAGAUCUCAAAUCUGCUUUCCUACCUUCCCCAUUACCCUCCGCAUUCCGACCAUUCCAGGCAGCCAAAGAAUAUACACCGUAUCUUUAUGAACUCAACGAGGCAGAGCUCGAACGUACGGAGGUGUCAAUAUCCCGGGAGCAACGCCGACAGAAGCGUUCGGUUAAUCGCCGCGGUGGACCGGCAUUGCCCGAUCUGAAGGAUCGACAAAGGACGAUUCGAACGAUGGUCGUAUCGUCUGUGCUUCCUAACUCAGCACCGAGCAUCGAGGAGAGUAAUGUCUUUAAACGAUCCGGGGCCAAUCGUCACAGACGCGCUGCCUUAGGACAACGCGAUGGUGCAGAGGAUUCCGAGGAUUCGGAUAGUGAUGACUCCUCGAUAGGAUCGCCCGCUAUUGGCCCCCAUCUGGCCCAAGGCACUGCGCGAACGAGAGGCAUGAGAGCAGCCGUACCGGCAAGUCAUUCAGCAUUGCGUGCGAGCUUAGGCCAUUCUGCCACCCCGGAACCGUCACAUCAGCACGAGACUAGGGUCAACUCUCGAAGACGGAAAAGCACGGAUGAGCCUGAGCUCAUAGUAAAAUUGAAGAUACCGCGAGAUAAAUUCCGUCAGUUUCUCAGAGACUUGCGAGUUCGAAGCCGACCUCAAUCCACAUCCAACAUUUCAGGAUCUACUCCAGGGCCCCAUUCGUCACACGGUGGAGCGCAAACACAUACCCCUAAAGCGGGGACUCGACAUCAAAGUGGACAACGUCGCGUGCCGUCUCAUAUUGGUGUCAUUGACGCACCUCAUCCUCCUCAACCAGGCGUGCCAGGACCUCCACCUCCCGCCUGGCUUGUGAACGGUCUUACGCGCCUGAACCGUUCUUAUCCGACCCAUUCUUUCGAAGCCGUGAUGCGCUACUCGGCCGUUGACGCUGAGACUCUGGUUCCUAUUAAUAACACCAACGCUACCCAUCCCGGCCAGAAACUAAAAUACCAAUACCUGCCGCGCAUCCGAUGUCAUGACUGUCCUGGGAAGCUGUAUACUCCGGGGCCGGCAAUGACUGUAGACAAUUUCGAGGUGCACUUGAAAAAUCGGCAGCAUAAGGAACGUGUAGAAGAAAGAUUGGCCAGGAUUGCUGCUGCUGAUGCCACUGCCCGUGCCAAUGGCGAGGCCGGUGCUGGAGCGGAUGGUGCUUCUACUUCUGCUCCAGCAUCAUCAUCAACACCAGCUCCGCCAUCAAAUCCUGUCAAUACAUAGUAGAUUUCUUUUUCUUCCCUUUCUUUUCCUUACACCGGUUGUCUUUGAUCAUGAGGAUUUGAAUAUGAUGCGAUGCAAAGCGUAUCCGGGUUUUGAAUUGUGGUUUUCUUGCGUCCUUUUCUGAAAGCGGAUAGAAGGAGGGAGAAAUACAAACCACGUCCGGGUCAAAGGCUUAUAUAUUUAUUUACUUGUUUUUUUUUUUUUUUUGCUCUACGCACGUUGGUUUUGGCACGUAGGGGCGGUAUUUCAUUGAAUGAAUGAAUGGCUUUCCAUGGCUCUUCGGUUGAUUGAUUGAUUGAUACUCCAGCUCGUGUGGAUGGUUAGUUGUAUUCCGUAUUCUUCUUGACCUCCUUUUCGAAUGUUAAAAUAAGAUAAUUAUGACCUUUGACUUGAUCUCUCUGAAUGUCUGUAGCCUUGGUAGGCUGACCAGAUGAGAUCUCAAUUUUAAAUAUCA